UUUGGGCGAUAAUACGGCUUUCGUGAUUGAAGGGGAAAGCAAAAAUUACAAGUGCAAGGCGGAAAAUUCGCUUUCAUUUGUGAUUCGAUUCAGCUUGCGUGGAUAACGCCGUGUUAGGUAGAUAAUCGGAGCAGAGAUAAACAUGACCGACCCUCGACCAGACGGGGUGGAUCAGUGCGAACCGGGAGCAUGUGAGGAAAGUUCACUGAUAACGACUGAUUCAUUCGAAGAAUUUUCCCAUGAGAUAAACAGUCUUCCGGCGAUCCAGGAAAAUGUGAACCCGCAGCAUUUGGGUGGCAACGCUGAUGAACCGACCAUUUCGGUUGAUAAGACAUGCGAGGAUGAUCGUGAAAGUGUGUCGAAUGAUGGCAAUAUAGCGAGGGUGCAGGAUGGUGUUAACACAGACCAUCCGGUUGACGGUGCGAUGAGCAAAUCGAGUUCGUUUAGCAGUGCGAAAAGCAGAGAAUUCGAUGCUUCUACCACAAGCCUGGCUGAAACAACGGAACCAAGCAGUGGUGGAAAUGUAACACUCGGGACAGAGCUGGAAUCGGGUGAUUAUCUGCAUGAUGCCGAGUUCCUUAACCGCAAGCGGCAUGUUUUCAUUUUAAGCACGGCUGGGAAACCUAUCUACUCGAUGCAUGGCAGUGAGGACAAAUUGGCCACCUUGUUUGGGGUGAUGCAGGCGUUAGUUAGCUUUAUUCAAAGUGGCAACGACACGAUUAAGUCGAUUCAUGCCGCCGGAGUGAAGUUUGUGUUCUUGGUCAAGUCACCUCUUAUAUUGGUUGCGGUUUCGCGAACAUCGCAUAGUGUGCAACAGAUACAGCUACAAUUGACUGACGUGUACAACCAAAUUCUUUCCACGCUUACGCUUAGUCAAAUGAUCAAAACAUUCGAAAGGCGAAAAAAUUUUGAUCUUCGUCGGUUACUAGCGGGCAGCGAACGGUUAAUCGAUCACCUGUUGGUCAGUGACAAGUGUGAUCGGAAGCUGGUAUCGAACAAUCCAUUCAGCUUUAUGACACACUCGGUGCGCAUCUUGCCAUUGCAACCGUCCGUGCGAGAAACAGUCGUUUCCGCCAUACAGAGCAACUGUGGCAAGAUUAAGAACCUGGUGUUUGCAGUAUUAAUUGCCAACAACAAGUUGAUUGCGCUUGUGCGCAUGAAGAAGUAUUUCAUCCAUCCGGCCGAUUUGCGGCUCAUCUUUAAUCUGAUUGAAUGUUCCGAGAGCUUCAAGUCGGCCGAAAGUUGGACACCACUGUGUUUGCCAAAGUUCGAUUCGAGCGGGUUUCUGCAUGCGCACGUUUCGUACCUUGCCGAAGACUGUCAAGCCUGUCUAUUGUUACUAUCGAUCGAGCGGGAUGUUUUCUACACUUUGUCCGAAGCCAAGCGAAAGAUCACUGAGAAAUUACGUCGAAGUAAUUGUCUCGAAGCAAUCAACGAUGCGAUCAAUAACAAAGGAAUAAAGUUGUUAAACAUUGGCAUUCCGGAGAUACGACACUUUCUGUACAAAAGCAAAUCCAACGCGCAGCUGCUCUGCUCGGAACUUACGGUGCCGUAUUCCAGUGGCGAACAAUUUAAGCGUCUGGAGGGGAUGUACUUCCAGCUGCACCAUCGCAUACAUAAUUCCGGUCGGCCAGUAAAGCUGAUCUAUCAGAUGAAGGAAAAGGAAGUGUUGCUUGCAUGGGUGACGCAAGCGUACGAACUGUUUGUAACGUUUGAACCGACGGUUGAGAAGAACGAAGUGAUCAGUCUCGUCAAUAAGCUGCUGAAGUGGAUCAAGAAAGAGGAAAACAGUCUGUUUAUUCUAUCCGCCCCAACGUUCUAGGAGUCACUGUCUCUGUCGCCGCUGAUGCAGUUCUUUUCGUUCUCACAAGCAAGCUGGUCGGCAGAGAUGGUAUCUUGCACGCAGGAGUGAAAUGUUCCCCUUGUAGUUAAAUGCCUUCCUCUUAUACCAUUGUGUACGAUUUCAAAGUGAUGGUGGUUGAUGUUUGGUGUGCAAUAUUCUGUAUUCCUGCUCCAGCGAGGAGAAGAAGAAAGUGCGCAACUCUAGGUGAUAUAUUUAAGUAUAAUGUGAAAAGUGUAGAAAAAUACGGGAAGAAAUGCAUAGUACGGGAAGGGUAGAAUUCAAAUCUAUUAACAGAGCAAUUAAAUUGAAAUGUAUUUUGUAAAUAUUUAUUCAUAAACUAAGCUAUCAUAUGUAUAACAUCUUGGCAGCCGGUUUCGGUGCCGGACCAACGAUGUGUGUUGGUACGUUAACAAUCAAUUUAUGUUUAUUGUGCCUACGAUUGGUGAUGUUGUUUAAUUGUUGAGCAAGUUAUGCCGAACUAAAUCAAUCGAAGUAAAAUAAUUGCACCAUCACACACAGAAAUCCGUCAAUGGCCGGAGAGGACUAAUACCAAAAUGCAAAAAAAGACGAAACCAACUUAGAAUAAAGAAACGCGAGCGAAACGUAACGAAAUACUCUGCAAGAGAAACCUAACGUUAGUAUUUUCGGCUGUUCUUUGUGAGCUCAUGGAAGUGAAAUAUAAAAGACAAAACAAUUCGAAAUAAAGUUGAAACCGAUUA